UUCAGAAUCCUACAUAUGGAAACUCAUUUUAAUUCUGUUCAAGUAAAAAGAGACGCUCAUAAACACACUGACACACAGAGAUAUAAACAGCUGAUUUCCUGUAAAUGGAGAGGGGAGGAGCAAAACUCCAUUUUGAGUCGACAGCAGAAGGGUGAGGCAGGACUGAAGAUGAGUGUUUAUGUGGAGGAAGAGGAGGACAGAGCAGAGUCUCCAGUGUCCAGCUGUCUGUCUAUGAAGAGUGACCGGUCCAACAAUGAACCUCUCUUCUUCAGCAAUGGACCCUCAGACACACAAGUUCAGUACAACAGACGGAGAGCAGAGUCCCCAGUGUCCAGCUGCUGUCUGUCUAUGAAGAGUGACUGGUCCAAAAGGGAACCUAUCUACUUCAGUAAUGGACCCUCAGACACACAAGAGAGGAAGAGGAGUCGAGUUCCUGUGGAGGAGCAGCUGUCCUGCUGUGUUUUGUGUCAGGACGUCCUGAAGGAUCCAGUCUCUACCAGCUGUGGACACUGGUUCUGCAGACAGUGCAUCACCUCAUACAGGGACCAGUCUGGUUCACCAGGAGACUCCUCCUGUCCCCAGUGUGGAAAAAGACCCAGAACAAGACCUGGACUGCAGACAGACAAUGAGUCCAGCACUGUACAAAUGAAUGCUGGUCUGCAGGAGGUUUUAGAUGGACAUAAGAUCAGUCUGAGGAGGAGAUGUGAGCGUGUGACUGAAGGAACUGAUGAUACAGGAAGUGGAACUCUCCUCAACAGGAUCUACACUGAGCUCUACAUCACAGAGGGACAGAGUGAAAAGGUUAAUACCCAACAUGAGGUGAGGCAGCUUGAAGAAGCUUCCCAAAAGAAGACCUUCCGUGACGCUCCAAUCAAGUGCCACGAGAUCUUUAAAGCCUUACCUGACCAACAGAGACACAUCAGAGUGGUUCUGACAAACGGCAUCGCUGGCAUUGGAAAAACCUUCUCAGUGCAGAAGUUCACUCUGGACUGGGCAGAGGGAUCGGAGAACCAAGAUGUCAGUCUUGUGGUUCUGUUUUCAUUCAGGGAGCUGAACCUGAUCAAAGAUGAGCAGUACAGUCUUCUCAGACUGCUCCAUGUUUUCCAUCCAACAUUACAGAAGGUCACAGCAGAGCAGCUCGCUGUCUGUAAACUUUUGUUCAUCUUUGACGGCCUGGAUGAAAGCAGACUUUCACUGGAUUUCAAGACCAAGAAGGUUGUGUCUGACGUCACACAGAAGUCUUCAGUCAACGUGCUGUUGACAAACCUCAUCAAGGGGAAUCUGCUUCCCUCGGCUCUCAUCUGGAUAACUUCCAGACCUGCAGCAGCCAAUCAGAUCCAUCCUGAAUGUGUUGACAGGGUAACAGAAGUACGAGGCUUCACUGACGCCCAGAAGGAGGAGUACUUCAGGAGGAGAAUCAGUGAUGAAGAUCUGUCCAACAGGAUCAUCUCACACAUCAAGACCUCCAGGAGCCUCCACAUCAUGUAUUUAAUCCCAGUCUUCUGCUGGAUCACUGCUACAGUUCUGGACCACAUGUUGACCACAGACCAGAGAGGAGAGCUGCCCAAGACCCUGACUCACAUGUACUCACACUUCCUGCUGGUUCAGACAAAGAGGAAGAAGCAGAAGUAUGAAGAGGGACAUGAGACGAGUCCACAGGAGCUGAUGGAGGCUGAGAGGAAGGUUCUUCUGAAGCUGGGGAGGCUGGCAUUUGAACAGCUGCAGAAAGGAAACAUCAUGUUCUACCAAGAAGACCUGGAGCAGUGUGGUCUUGAUGUCACAGAGGCCUCGGUGUUCUCAGGAGUUUGUACAGAAAUCUUCAAAAGAGAGAGUGUGAUCUUCCAGAAAACAGUCUACUGCUUUGUUCAUCUGAGCAUUCAGGAGUUUCUGGCUGCAGUCUACAUGUUCCACUGUCACACCAACAGGAACACAGAGGUACUGAAGGACUUCCUGGGGGAAAACCAUGUUGAUUCAACCCUGGAUGUCUUCCUGAUGGAAGCAAUGACGAAAUCCUUGAGCAGUAGAAAUGGCCACCUGGACCUGUUCGUUCGCUUCCUUCAUGGCCUCUCUCUGGAGUCCAACCAGAGACUCUUAGGAGGCCUGCUGGGUCAGACAGACAACAGUCCAGAAAUCAUCCAGAAAGCCAUCAACAACCUGAAGAAGAUGAAUAGUGGUGAUAUCUCUCCUGACAGAAACAUCAACAUCUUCCACUGUCUGAUGGAGAUGAACGACCACUCAGUCCAUCAGGAGAUCCAACAGUUCCUGAAGUCAGAGAACAGAUCAAAGAAGAAACUCUCUGUGAUCCACUGCUCAGCUUUGUCCUACAUGCUGCAGAUGUCAGAGGAGGUUCUGGAUGAGUUGGACCUGAAGAAAUACAACACAUCAGUGGAGGGACAAGAGAGACUGAUUCCAGUUGUGAGGAACUGCAGAAAGGCUGUACUUUCUGACUGUAAACUCUCAGAGACUCACUGUGAAGUCGUGGCCUCAGCUCUGAAGUCCAACCCCUCCCAUCUGAGAGAGCUGGACCUGAGUAACAACGAGCUGCAUUAUUCAGUAGUGAAGCUGUUGUGUGUUGGACUGGAGAGUCCACACUGUAGACUGGAGACUCUGAGAUUGAGGGACUGCAGUUUGUCAGAGAUCAGCUGUUCUUCUCUGGGCUCAGCUCUGAAGUCCAACCCCUCCCAUCUGAGAGAGCUGGACCUGAGUGACAACUACAACCUGCAGGAUUCAGGAGUGAAGCUGCUGUGUGGUUUUCUGGAGAGUCCACACUGUAGACUGGAGACUCUGAGAUUGAAUUACUGCAGUUUGUCAGAGAUCAGCUGUUCUUCUCUGGUCUCAGCUCUGAAGUCCAACCCCUCCCAUCUGAGAGAGCUGGACCUGAGUAACAACAACUACCUGCAGGAUUCAGGAGUGAAGCUGCUGUGUGGUUUUCUGGAGAGUCCACACUGUAGACUGGAGACUCUGAGAUUGAGGUGGUGCAGUUUGUCAGAGAUCAGCUGUUCUUCUCUGGGCUCAGCUCUGAAGUCCAACCCCUCCCAUCUGAGAGAGCUGGACCUGAGUAACAACAACUACCUGCAGGAUUCAGGAGUGAAGCUGCUGUGUGGUUUUCUGGAGAGUCCACACUGUAGACUGGAGACUCUGAGAUUGAGGAACUGCAGGUUGUCAGAGAUCAGCUGUUCUUCUCUGGUCUCAGCUCUGAAGUCCAACCCCUCCCAUCUGAGAGAGCUGGACCUGAGUGACAACGACUACCUGAAGGAUUCAGGAGUGAAGCUGCUGUGUGGUUUUCUGGAGAGUCCACACUGUAGACUGGAGACUCUGAGAUUGAGGAACUGCUGGUUGUCAGAGAUCAGCUGUUCUUCUCUGGGCUCAGCUCUGAAGUCCAACCCCUCCCAUCUGAGAGAGCUGAACCUGAAUGACAACAACCUGAAGGGUUCAGGAGUGAAGCUGCUGUCUGAUCUUGUGGAGAGUCCACACUGUAGACUGGAGACUCUGAGAUUGAGGAACUGCUGGUUGUCAGAGAUCAGCUCUUCUUUGGUCUCAGCUCUGAAGUCCAACCCCUCCCAUCCGAGAGUGCUGAACCUGAGGAACAACAAGCUGAAGGGUUCAGGAGUGAAGCAGCUGUCUGAUCUUGUGGAGAGUCCGCACGGUAGUCUGGAGACUCUGAGAUUGAGUGGCUGCAGUUUGUCAGAGAUCAGCUGUUCUUCUCUGGUCUCAGCUCUGAAGUCCAACCCCUCCCAUCUGAGAGAGCUGGACCUGAGUAUUAACGACAACCUGAAGGAUUCAGGAGUGAAGCUUCUGUGUGGUUUUCUGGAGAGUCCACACUGUAGACUGGAGACUCUGAGAUUGAGGUACUGCAGUUUGUCAGAGAUCAGCUGUUCUUCUCUGGUCUCAGCUCUGAAGUCCAACCCCUCCCAUCUGAGAGAGCUGGACCUGAAUGACAACUACAACCUGCAGGAUUCAGGAGUGAAGCUGCUGUGUGGUUUUCUGGAGAGUCCACACUGUAGACUGGAGACUCUGAGAUUAAGGAACUGCAGUUUGUCAGAGAUCAGCUGUUCUUCACUGGUCUCAGCUCUGAAGUCCAACCCCUCCCAUCUGAGAGAGGUGGAGCUGAGUAACAACAAGCUGCAGGAUUCAGGAGUGAAGCUGCUGUGUGGUUUUCUGGAGAGUCCACGCUGUAGACUGGAGACUCUGAGAUUGAGUUACUGCAGUUUGUCAGAGAUCAGCUGUUCUUCUCUGGGCUCAGCUCUGAAGUCCAACCCCUCCCAUCUGAGAGAGCUGGACCUGAGUGACAACGAAAACCUGCAGGAUUCAGGAGUGAAGCUGCUGUGUGGUUUUCUGGAGAGUCCACACUGUAGACUGGAGACUUUGAGAUUGAAUUACUGCAGUUUGUCAGAGAUCAGCUGUUCUUCUUUGGGAUCAGCUCUGAAGUCCAACCCCUCCCAUCUGAGAGAGCUGGACCUGAGUAACAACGACAAUCUGCAGGAUUCAGGAGUGAAGCUGCUGUGUGGUUUUCUGGAGAGUCCACACUGUAGACUGGAUACUCUGAGAUUGAGGAACUGCAGGUUGUCAGAGAUCAGCUGUUCUUCUCUGGGCUCAGCUCUGAAGUCCAACCCCUCCCAUCUGAGAGAGCUGGACCUGAGUGACAACUACAACCUGCAGGAUUCAGGAGUGAAGCUGCUGUGUGGUUUUCUGGAGAGUCCACACUGUAGACUGGAGACUCUGAGAUUGAGGAGGUGACCUCAGUCAGACUCUGAGUGGUGAGGAAGGAGGUUGUGUUGGAGGAUCCGCUGUGUCCUGAUGAUCCAGAGAGGUUGAAGCAGCAGCAUCAGCUCUGACUGGGCCAUGUUACUGGGAGGUAGAGUGGAGAGGAGAGCUUCAUCCAGCAGUGACUGACAGAGGAAUCACAACCAGUGGAGACGACUCUCAGUGCUGCAGUCUGAACUGCUCUGAGAUCAGCUCCCUGUGUGUUCCUCUUAGUAUCAUCAGUGUAUCUGGAGUGCUCUGCUGCUGCUCUGUCCUUCUACAGUCUCUGCAGACACACUGAGAUUGCUACACCUGGACCAGGACCCGAGUCUGGAUUCAUUCUGAUGUGCUGAACCCAAAAAGACUGCAGAUCCUUUGGGUCCACAAAUUGUACAUGUGUGGCUCAAGUUUUAACCAAUUUACAGUCAUUUAAAUUGCACACAGGUUAAAGCACUGUGAACUACUGUAAAGUCUGUGGGUUUCUCUGUAUUUCUUUGUACCUGCACACUGUUGAAUGAUGAGGAACUGCUGUUAAUUUACACAUUUUACUGAGGGAACCAGUACCAGCCCCUGUACAAACGUUAUCAGGUUCCUGAACUGAACCACUAUAAUAAACAACUGUGGGAUUAAAGGGAAAGUGGCUAAAAGAAGGAGAGAAUUGGCGCUAUACAAAUAAAAUUGAAUUGAAUUGAAUAGAGCUAUGAGUGUUUGAGGGGGUAAAUUAACAGGACUGAGCUACAGCAGAGAAAAUACAUCAUCAGUAAGUUAAACACACGUCAGAGGGGAUCAUGUCUUUUGUUCAGAUUAAUGUGAUAUUAACUCGACUAGAUCAGUCCAAGAUGCCACCAAUGUUUGAGGAAAUUAGAAAGUGAACCCCCACCAUGAGUUCUGAUGAGCUUCUCGACUGCUUCCAGCUUACCUGUAGCAGGGUUUCCAACUCUGGGUACCUGACUUAUUUGGACUGUUUAGGUCUAAGAUUUAAGGAUAUAGUCUGACUACAGAGGAAAUAUCUGACUAAUGUAUUCAAAAAAUCAUAUAUGUUUUUAAAAAUCAUGUCAUGGCACACAUUUUGUAAUUUGUAUUUUCCUUUGCUUUAUACUGACUGUAGUUUUGUCUACUGUAACAUGUGCAUCAGAAAAGCAGAUUUCUCCAUUUUCUAUCCUGUUUGUUCCUUGGAGAGUCAUUGGUUGAAAGUUUUGUAAUGAUUUUGUGUAAAUAUGUGUAAAUAUGCAUCUUGUUAAUUUGCAGAUAAUUACUCCACUACAUCUCAGAGGGAAAUAUUGUGCUCUAAAGUACACCUGCUUUAAUUGAAAAGUGUCUUUAGAUAUAAUCUGUCAUAAAUGAAUGAAAACUUUUACAAAAUAUUUAAACACUCAUGAAUGCAUUAAUAAUUAUAAUGAGAGGUAUAUUUCUGUUAUUCAAAGUGUCACAUUUCCCGGUAGCUCACCUGGUAGAGCAGCCCGUGUACCAAGGUCCUUACCGUCCUUUGCAUGAUGAAUCUCAGACGUGCUGAUCUGAGAACCGAAACUGAUGAUGUUUAAGACUGCAGAGAGUAGAAGACAGUUUUGGUUAGUCCAGAGGUUCUGCAACUGGUCCUGGUGAGAUCAUCAUCUUAUAAAAUACAGUUACACAGGUACAUUGAAUCAGACUGUAACAUGAAGGUAUUUUACUUUUUUUAUUUUAAAAAGUCUUGGUACAUAAAAAAUAAAACUUACCAAAACUUCUUCUUUGUUUGUCUUUCCACUGUAUCAACAAUCACCAGCUCUGGUUCGGUCGAAAUGAAUCCGACGUAAAUGUGAAAAUAUUCUGCCUCUCUGUUGUUGUUGCCUCUCUGUGUGGUGAUCUGGAUCCCGGGUGAACGCAGUAGAGCAGCAGAUCAGGCUGCUGACGCCUCUGUUGUCCUGCAGAGGCCUAUCAGGAUAUUCUAUGUUUUUAUUAGUCUACUUUUAUCCUGUUAUUAUUUCUGUGUUUAUUUCAUCAUUCCUGUCUUUCAUUUAAUCUCUUUGUAAAGCACUUUGGUUGAUGGUUGUUGUUUUUAAAUACGCUCUAUAAAUAAACUUUAUGAAAAUAUGCAGUAAUGUAGUUCAUGUAGUUUCCCCAUCAUGGUCUUAACCUGACACCUAGUGUCCAUUUCAGAGAAUUGCACCUACGGUUUUAGUUUAUGUAUUCAGCAGUGAUGCUGUCAUAAUUAUUCUGAGAUUUAGUUUGUAGACAAGAAAUAGAGCUGCUGUGUUUAAACUACAUUGUUGAAGAUGACUGACAGCUGUUUACUUACAUGUAUAUUUAACUUCUCUUAAUAAAAAACAGAAACCA